GAGAACGAAAAGCAGUUAUUCAUUCUUUUGGUGUGUAGUUCUUGGAAGGCUUCAAAAAAACACAAUUAGGGAAGAACUCUAUGGGUAACCCUUGGCCACAAGAAAUUAUUGGUCAACCAUGGUAAAACUUGCCAACCCACUUUAUACAGAGUGGAUUCUUGAAGCUAUACAGAAAGUUAAAAGGCAAAAGCAGAGGCCGUCUGAAGAGAGAAUUUGUCAUGCUGUGUGCGCAUCCCAUGGUUUAGAUAAAAAGACAGUUUCAGAACAGCUGGAAUUAAGCGUCCAAGAUGGUUCUAUUCUCAAAGUUACCAACAAAGGCCUCGCUUCCUACAAAGAUCCAGAUAAUCCUGGACGUUUUUCUUCUGUUAAACUUGGUGAGCUACCUAAACCAACAAAAGGUUCUAGAGGAGUCUGUAACGAACUUCGUAAUGUGGACUGGAAUAAGCUUCUGCGGAGAGGAAUUGAAGGGCUUCAGGAGCCAAAUGGCUCAUCUCUCAGAAACAUUGAAAAAUAUCUGAGAAGUCAACAUGACCUUGCAAGUAUUUUCAAUAACCCUGUGUUUCAACGGAGAUUACGACUGGGGGCCAAACGUGCUGUAAAUAAUGGGAGAUUAUUGAAAGAUGGCCCUCAGUAUAGGGUGAACUAUGGCAGUCUGGAAGGUAAAGGAGCAUCUAAAUACAGUUCUUUUCCAGUGUCUCUCCCACCUGUCAGUCUUUUGCCUCAUGAAAAAGAUCAGCCACGAGCGGAUCCCAUUCCAAUAUGUAGUUUCUGUUUGGGGACAAAAGAAUCAAACCGUGAGAAAAAACCAGAAGAACUCCUCUCCUGUGCUGACUGUGGCAGUAGUGGACAUCCAUCAUGUUUGAAAUUUUGUCUGGAGUUGACGACAAAUGUGAAGGCCUUAAGAUGGCAGUGUAUUGAAUGCAAGACAUGCAGUGCCUGUAGAAUCCAAGGCAAAAAUGCGGAUAAUAUGCUUUUCUGUGAUUCUUGCGACAGAGGAUUCCACAUGGAAUGCUGUGACCCGCCUCUUUCCCGAAUGCCAAAAGGUAUGUGGAUUUGCCAGGUUUGCCGACCAAAGAAAAAAGGAAGAAAGUUACUUCAUGAGAAAGCAACACAGAUAAGGCGGCGAUAUACAAAACCUAUUGGACGACCAAAAAAUAAACUAAAGCAACGAAUGUUGUCUGUAACCAGUGAUGAAGGAUCCAUGAAUGCAUUCACAGGAAGGGGGUCACCUGGUAGGGGUCAAAAGACUAAAGUCUGUACCACACCUUCAUCUGGUCAUGCUGCAUCUGUGAAGGAUUCAAGCAGCAGAUUGGCUGUUACAGACCCCACCUGGCCUGGUGCCACCACCACCUCCAAAAUCACCACCACCACCUCCACCUACAUACCUGCCUCUACACUUAACGUUAACAAGAAAACCAAAGGGCUCAUUGAUGGCCUUACUAAGUUUUUCACACCGUCACCCGAUGGUCGCAGAUCACGAGGUGAAAUAAUAGACUUUUCAAAGCAUUAUCGACCAAGGAAAAUGGCCUCUCAGAAACAAUCAUGUACUUCUCAUGUGUUGGCUACAGGUACUGAAAUCAAAAUAAGCAUCAAACAAGAAAAUACAGAUUUAUUUCUGGUGGGAAGCAAGGACAUUAUUACUGAAGAAGACCUGGAAAUGUUUAAGCAGGCUCGAGAACUUGCCAUGGAGAAGAUCGGAUGCAAAAAUGGUGGUGAAACAAAUGGCCGGUACCCUUCAGUGAUUGAAUUUGGAAAAUAUGAAAUCCAGACCUGGUACUCCUCACCUUACCCGCAGGAAUAUGCAAAACUGUCAAAGCUUUUCCUGUGUGAAUUCUGUCUUAAAUAUAUGAAAAGUAAAAAUAUUUUGCUAAGACAUUCAAAGAAGUGUGGCUGGUUCCAUCCUCCAGCCAGUGAAAUCUACAGAAGGAAGGACCUUUCGGUUUUUGAGGUUGAUGGGAACAUGAGCAAAAUUUAUUGCCAAAAUCUUUGCCUGUUAGCAAAGCUUUUUCUGGACCACAAAACCUUAUAUUAUGAUGUUGAGCCAUUCCUUUUCUAUGUUCUCACGAAAAAUGAUGAGAAAGGGUGCCACUUAGUUGGAUACUUCUCUAAGGAAAAGCUUUGCCAGCAGAAGUACAAUGUCUCCUGCAUAAUGAUCAUGCCCCAGUACCAAAGGCAAGGAUUUGGAAGGUUUCUCAUUGAUUUCAGUUACUUACUUUCUCGAAGAGAGGGACAAGCAGGAUCUCCUGAAAAGCCGCUGUCUGAUCUGGGUCGUGUGUCCUACUUGGCGUACUGGAAAAGUGUUGUAUUGGAAUACCUUUAUUGCCACCACGAGAAGCAGAUCAGCAUCAAGGGAAUGAGCCGGGCCACUGGGAUGUGUCCCCACGACAUUGCAACAACCCUGCAGCAGCACAACAUGAUAGACAGGAGAGAAGAAAAAUUUGUAGUAAUUAGAAGGGAGAAACUGAUUUCAAGUCAUAUGGAGAAACUGAAAACCAAUCCACGCAUCAAUGAAGUAGAUCCAGAAAGCUUGAGAUGGACCCCCCUUUUAGUUCCUAACGCAGCAGUUUCUGAGGAAGAGAGAGAAGCUGAAAAAGAGGCGGAGCGGCUGAUGGAACAAGCAAGCUGCUGGGAGAAGGAAGAGCAAGAGAUGUUAUCCACAAGAACGAGUAACAGGCAGUCGCCGGCAAAAGCACAAUCUAAAAACAACUAUCUGCGACCUCCAGAGAGCGUGACAGUAUCGGCAGAGAGAUCCACAGAUCCACCAAAAGAGAGCAGUGAAGAGGAGAAGGAGGAAGAGGAGGAAGAGGAGGAGGAAGAGGAGGAGGAGGAGGAUGGAGGUGGGCAUCAUCAAAGUUCUCCUCCCAGGCUGGCAAAACCCCAGUUGCUAGCUGUAAAGAGAAAGAGAACUUUCAUGUUGAAAAAGAAAAGGGGUCGCAAACGCAGAAGGAUUAAUAGCAGCGUUACGACAGAGACAAUUUCUGAAACCACCGAAGUGCUGCACGAGCCCUUUGAUAACUCUGAAGAAGACCAGCCGAUGCCAGAGCUUGAGCCCACUUGUGAGACGGAUGGGGAAGAGGACGACUUAAAACCUGGGGCUAGGAAAGCCUGCCAGUGUCAGCCUGCAGAGAAACAGGAGGAGGAACAAGAGAGAGACAAUCAUUGCUACCAAAACGAAGUUCAGUGCAGAGUUAAUGCAGAAGAGCAUGCAGCCAUUCCGGAAGAUGAUAGUAAAGACAAUCCUGAACCUGUAACAGAUAAACAAGGAUGGCUCAAAGGAGUGAAGCGAUGUCCGUCCAAAUGGCGGCAAAACAAAGAGAGAAAAGCAGGUUUUAAGCUGAAUUUGUACACUCCACCAGAGACUCCUAUGGAACCUGACUAUCAGGCAAUGGGAGAAGAAUCAAAAGAAGUGGCUGAAAAAAACCCAUCUCAUGUUUCUGUCAGUACGGAUGAGAUUAAAGACCCUGAAACCAUUCUGCCACAUGAGGAUGAAGCAGGAGAGCCUGUAUCUGAGUGUUCAGAGCAACCCGAGGAGACAUUUGAAAAAACAGAAAAUGAUGUCACAGAAGUAGAGGAAAUAGAAGAAAACAAUGUAGUGGAAGAGAGAGAAAAUGCAAAGAGUCCAGAUAAAGACCAAGAAGAGGAAACAGAAAUGGAGAAGGAUGAACCUGAGCAUCUGGAAGAACAGGAGGAGGAGGAGGAGGAAGAGGAGGAAGAACAAUCUCGCAAUGAGGAUCAUGAUGCUGAUGAUGAAGAUGAGAGCCACAUGAGUUCAACAGAAGGGGAGAAGAAGAUGGAGCCAGGAGAAGCUCUCGAAGAAGUAAUCGAGAAUGGGGAGUCUUUUUUAGACUCAAAUGAACAGAAUGGCAGUUCAAAUCAGGAGGACUUAAUGGACUGUGGAGUUGAGCUUGCCGCUGCGUGUGAGACCGACCAUAAAGAGCUUCCUGCUAUUCCAGAGCCCAUAUCUGAGCCCGGUGAUGAGAAAACAGAAAACGACACCCCAAAGGACAGUGCAGAACUUAAUUCUGCGUUCAAGGAUGAAAACGCGGAAACCAUGGAGAUAGAUUCUGAGACAGCACAGGCAGUAAAGUCUCUGACGCAAGAAACAACAGAGCAAGAAGAUGUGUUCCAGGAUUGUACAGAGACUCAAGAGGCCUGUCAAAGUCUGCAGACUUACAGCAAUACCGACCAAAGCCCCCAGAUGAUCACACUGGAUGACUGCCAGCAGUCUGACCACAGUAGCCCAGUCUCGUCUGUCCAUUCUCAUCCCAGCCAGUCUGUCCGCUCUGUUAAUAGUCCAAAUGUGCCUCCACUGGAAAACAGUUACACUCAAAUAAGCCCAGAUCAAAGUGCCAUUUCUGUGCCAUCUCUACAAAACAUGGAAACCAGUCCCAUGAUGGAUGUUCCUUCUGUUUCUGACCAUUCGCAGCAGGUAGUGGAUAGUGGAUUUAGUGACCUGGGCAGCAUUGAGAGCACGACAGAGAACUACGAGAACCCAAGCAGCUAUGACUCCACCAUGGGCAAUGGCAUCUGUGGAAACACCUCCUCGCAAAACAGCUGCUCCUAUAGCAAUCUCACGUCUGGUAAUAUGACGCAGAGUAGCUGUGCGGUGACCCAGCAGAUGUCCAACAUGAACGGGAGCUGCAGCAUGAUGCAGUCCACCAGCAUCAACUCUCCACCCCCUUGCAAUGUGAAGUCUCCUCAAGGCUGUGUGGUGGAAAGGCCCCCGAGCAGCAGCCAGCAGCUCCCGCAGUGUAGCAUGGCUGCCAAUUUCACUCCGCCUAUGCAGUUAAAUGAAAUCCCAGAGACUGGCAACAACAAUAUUGGCUUGUAUGAAAGAAUGGGCCAGAGUGAGUUUGCCGCAGGGCAUUACCCGCAGCCGUCCGCCACCUUUAGCCUUGCCAAACUGCAGCAGUUGACCAACACGCUAAUGGACCAUUCGUUGCCUUACAGCCAUUCAGCUGCUGUCACUUCCUAUGCAAAUAGUGCCUCUUUGUCUACCCCUCUCAGUAGCACAGGACUUGUUCAGCUCUCUCAGUCCCCUCAUCCGGUUCCAGGGGGUGCCCAAGUCCAGGCUACGAUGACUCCACCCCCUAACCUUACUCCUCCUCCCAUGAACUUGCCACCUCCCCUUUUGCAGCGUAACAUGGCUGCUUCCAAUAUUGGCCUGUCCCAUGCUCAGAGACUGCAGACUCAGAUGCCUGGCAAAGGCCAUGUUUCAGUGAGGACUAAGUCGUCAUCUCUGCCACCAGCUGCGGCGGCCCAUCAGCCACAGAUUUACGGGCGCGCCUCGCAGACUGUGACCAUGCAAGGGCCAGCGCGCACCUUAACCAUGCAGCGUGGCAUGAACAUGAGCGUGAACUUAAUGCCGGCCCCAGCAUACAAUGUCAACUCUGUGAACAUGAAUAUGAACACCCUCAAUGCUAUGAAUGGGUAUAGUAUGUCCCAGCCCAUGAUGAAUGGUGGCUACCAUGCAAAUCACGGGUAUAUGAAUCAAACAGCCCAGUACCCUAUGCAGAUGCAGAUGGGAAUGAUGGGAAGCCAGCCAUAUGCACAACAGUCAAUGCAGACCACCCCCCACAGCAACAUGAUGUACACUCCUCCGGCGCAUCAUGGCUACAUGAACACUGGCAUGUCCAAACAGUCUCUGAAUGGCUCUUAUAUGCGGAGGUAGAUUGGUGGGGGUGGUGGACAUACCAAACUGAUGUGCUAGGAUCUGACCUGCACAAAGAUGCGGAGAGUAUGAUUUCAAAACCAGCAACUGGUGUGAAUGCAAAAACAUUCGUUGGCACCAUGAAAAACUGUAUGCAGCAGAAAGCCUUAUAUAAAUGUGUUCUCAUUACCUUUUUUGUAAUUCUUGUUUUGUUUGCAAUUUUUUAAUAUAGCAAGUUCUGUGGAAAGGCGGAACUUCUUCAUUGUACUGCGAAGACACAAAAUAAGCUGAUGGUUCACAGCCAUUUUUAUGUGCCUGCUCCCAUUCAAAAUGUGGAUCAUAGUUUUGGAGUAUAUCUGAUGUUGUGCUGGACCGUGAGCUUUCCCUCCUGUUCUGUCCUCCCCCUUCCCCUUCCGCCAUGUAAAUGCUUUUUGGCAUUGCCUUCAUGGUCUGUUUUGUUCCUCGAGGUGACACUUUUCGCAUGCCGCUAAUGUCUUUGUUAGUGACAGUGCGUUUCGUAGUACUGUACAAGUGUUGUGCUUAACAGUAAGCCAUUUCUUAAUUUGUGGGGUUUGAGGGGUUUUUUUUGUUGCCUUGAUUAGGUCACCCCAAUUUAAGGGGUUUUUAAAAAUUAUAUUUUUGUUAAUUAUAUUAAAAAUCUUGUAAAAAUGAGAGAGAGAAAGAGAGAGAGAGAAGCUGUUAAAGCUAUUCAGAUUUUGGUUAGUUCAAAGAGUUUUGGAUACAGUCCACCAGGGAGUUCCAUUGCUGCGGUGCUCUUUUGCAACUCCCAUCCCCCCCGCCCCCCCCCCCGCCCCCCGGUGGAGCUGGUACAGGUGAGCAUCCUGGAGGACUCUCAGUCGCUUAAUGUCUGGUAUAAAGUUGAUUCCUUUUUCUAUUCUGGGGACAGAUUUCGUUUUUUCCUGAGGAGGGGAAAAGGCAGCUUUUGUGUUUUGUUUUUAAAGCAAUCCCUUAUUGAUUAAAUGAAACGUAUCAGUGUUUAUCGAGGUUUUGAAACAUUUUCAUUUAUGUCCAAAUAACUUGGCAGGACUUUAAAAAAAGUGAAUUUGGUGUAAAGUUGCUAUUUUAUGGAAACGCCUCCAACUUUACAUUUUCAUUCCAUCUGUAGAUUUUUCUAUCUUUAUAAAAUAUUGGAGUUAUUUUUUAAGAGAAAUAAAUACAGCAGUAGGGUGUGAAUAGCUCAAACGAAGCUUACAGAGCGCAUGUACAAAGCAGAAGGUAAUUGUGUCUGUUUAUAUGGCUUCCUUUUUUUGUAGCCUUUGUACCUGUACAGAGUGACUGUAAGGGCCAAGAAGUGGCUUGAUUCAUGUAUAAAAAUAGACCCAGUGACACUCUUGUAUUUAUCUGUUACCUUUUUAGUCAGUCACUUAAAAAAACAGAAAAAGACAAGCUGUACAUUUUAACAUAAAAAUAAAUUAUGA